AUGCUAUACAAAGAUGCUGUUGUGUCUCUGGAGGAGCAGAGUAGAUGCUGCUGUGUCUCUGGAGGAGCAGAGGAGAUGCUGCUGUGCUUGGAGGAGCAGAGGAGAUGCUGCUGCUGUGCUUGGAGGAGCAGAGGAGAUGCUGCUGUGUCUCUGGAGGAGCAGAGUAGAUGCUGCUGUGUCUCUGGAGGAGCAGAGGAGAUGCUGCUGUGCUUGGAGGAGCAGAGUAGAUGCUGCUGUGUCUCUGGAGGAGCAGAGGAGAUGCUGCUGUGUCUCUGGAGGAGCAGAGGAGAUGCUACUGUGCUUGGAGGAGCAGAGGAGAUGCUACUGUGA